CAGAAGUUAACUGAAGCCCACCCUGUGGGAGAUUCAACAGUGCCCAUCACUUCGUUGGGCCCUAGCUGGACUCCCCAUUCUGGAUCUCCAGAGCCACAUAAUAUCCCCCCUGCCCUGCCCUGCCCUGCCCCAGGCCUGGGCAAGGUGCAGCCCCUGGACUUCUGUAAUCUUAACCACUGUGGCUGUGCUUCCGUCCCCUACGUGGCACCUCCUGCUCCCCACUGCCCUGCCCAGUGCCACAUUAAGGCACUGUGCUCCACAGGCUGGCUACCAUGGUUCCUUUGAGGCCUCUGCCUGGGGCCUGCUGGACUCCACACAUCUCUCUGCUUCUGGUCUGCUGUCUUCUUCCAGGUGACCAGGGGCAGGAGUUCCUGCUUCAGGCAGAGCCCCAGAACCCAGUGGUGCCUGCUGGAGGAUCCCUCUUGGUAAACUGCAGUACAGAUUGCCCCCAACCUAAACUCAUAAACCUGGAGACAUUCCUAUUCAAGGAGCUAGUGGGCAAAGGCCUGGGCUGGGCGGCCUUCCAGCUCAGCAAUGUGACUGGUGACAGUAAGGUCCUCUGCUCUGGUUUCUGCAAUGACUCGCAGAUGACAAGCUCCUCUGACAUCACAGUGUACCGGUUUCCGGAACGUGUGGAGCUGGCACCCAUGUCCCCCUGGAAGCCUGUAGGCAAAAACUUCACCUUACGCUGCUGGGUGGCAGGCGGGGCACCCCGGACCCACCUCUCGGUGUUGCUGCUCCGUGGGAAGGAUGUGCUGAGCAGGCAGCUGGCAGUUGGGGAGCCUGCGGAAGUCACCACCACGGUGCUAGCAGACAGAAACGAUCAUGGUGCCAAUUUCUCUUGUCGCUCAGAACUGGACCUUCAGCAUCAAGGGCUAGGACUGUUCCAAAACAGCUCAGCCCCUAGGCAGCUCCAAACCUUUGUCCUGCCUGUGAUGCCCCCCCGUCUUGUUGUUCCCCGGUUCUUGGAGAUGGGAACAUCCCAACCUGUGGACUGCACCUUGGACGGGCUGUUUCCGGCUUCAGAGGCCCAGGUCCAACUGGUGCUGGGGGACCAGAUGCUCAAUUCCACAGUCACAAGCCACGGUGACAAGCUCACUGCUACAGCAAUAGUUACAGCGAGCACAGAGCUGGAGGGCACCCAAGAGAUUGUCUGCAAAGUAACACUGGGGGGCGAGAGCCAGGAGACUCGGAAGAACUUGACCAUCUAUAGCUUCUGGGGGCCCAUCAUGAACCUGAACGGGACCAUCAGGAACCUGAGCCAGCCCACCGUCCUUCAGGGGACCACAGUGAUUGUGACUUGCACUGCUGGAGCCCGAGUCCAGGUCACAUUGGAUGGAGUUCCCGCUGCCGCCCCAGGACAGCUCGCCUUGCUUCAGCUAAAUGCCACCAAGAGGGAUGACAGACGAAAUUUCUUCUGCAAUGCCGCCCUCGAGGUGGAUGGAAUGGUCUUGCAUAGGAACAGGAGCAUCCAGCUGCGUGUACUGUAUGGUCCCAAGAUUGACCCAGCCAAAUGUCCUCAGCACUUGACGUGGAAAGAAGGAACGACCCAAGUCCUUCAAUGCGAGGCCAGGGGCAACCCGGAUCCCCAGCUACAGUGUUUGCACUUAGGCUCCGGGACCCAGGUGUCCGUCGGGAUCCCAUUCCGCGUCAGGUUAAACUAUAGCGGUACCUACGACUGCCUGGCGACCAGCUCACAGGGCACGCACACUCUCACCGUGAUGAUGAACGUUCAAGCUCGGAACCCCCACAUCGUCGCCUCCGUCAUAGUGGUGUUGACGACCGUGGGCCUUGUGGUUCUCAUCGCGGCCUCAGUGUACGUCUUCGGGGUGCAGAAGCGUAGUGACAUCUACCAUGUGAAUCAAGGGAACACCUUGUUGCCCCUCACGUCUAGAGGGCUUAACGAGGCUCUGGGGGAGGAGCCAUCCUGAGCCUCGGGCCACUGGAGUAAUGGGCCAAAGACGACGGGAGUUUGGCUGCAUCCCCGAGUUUCUUAACAAUAAAGUUCUCAAAAUUCGGAGUCUGUGGCUUGAUUCCU